AGGCCUCACUUUUGCUAGUGCCAGCCGCUGCCGUGGCUGCCGCAUUCCUUGCGUCACGUCUCUGUUGCUACCCUCCCAUCGAAUCUACUCUCUUCUUUGCUCGGAAGCUCAAACGCCCUCUUCUUUCCUUCUCCCGUCGCUUCCCUUCACGGCACUACAUGGCGCGGGCUCUCACAACCCACGCCACCCUAGGCCUCACCGAGCCCUCCGUCGUCGAUUUCCCUCCGAUCACAUUUUCAGCAAAGGACAUUGAUAUCGCUGAAUGGAAAGGAGAUGUGCUUGCAGUUGUUGUCUCCGAACAAGAUAUGUCCAAGAAUUCAGACUCCAAAUUUGAAAAUCCUAUUUUAAAAGGGUUAGAUGACAAACUUGGUGGUCUUCUGUCAGAGAUGUCAACAGAAGAGGAUUUCAAGGGAAAGCCUGGGCAGUCAACUGUUCUCAGAUUACAUGGCUUUGGUUUUAAGAGGUUGAGUCUGGUUGGACUUGGACCAUAUCCCCCUUCAUCAGCAACAGCUUCCUAUAAAGCAGUUGGUGAGGCUGUUGCAGCAGCUGCAAAGACUGGCCAAGCAUCAAAUGCCGUUAUUGUACUGGCAUCUAAACCUUCAGAAGAUUUUAGACUGCAUGCUGCUUCAGCAAUUGCUUCAGGAACUAUUUUGGGUGUGUAUGAAGACAACAGAUUCAAGUCUGAAUCAAAAAAAGCUGUGCUUAAAUCUGUGGAUAUUGUCGGUUUGGGUUCUGAACCUGAAGUAGAUUUAAAGCUCAAGUAUGCUAGCAAUAUUUGCUCUGGACUAAUUUUUGGGAAAGAGCUUGUUAAUGCUCCAGCAAAUGUACUUACUCCUGGCGCACUUGCAGAAGAAGCUUCAAAAAUUGCCUCAUCAUACAAUGAUGUUUUUACUGCAAAUAUAUUUGAUGCGGAACAGUGUAAAGAGUUGAAGAUGGGCUCGUACUUGGCGGUUGCUGCAGCAUCAUCAAAUCCUCCUUAUUUUAUUCAUCUACGCUACACACCGCCAGAUGGCAAUGUGAAGACCAAGUUAGCAAUAGUUGGCAAGGGAUUAACAUUUGAUAGCGGAGGCUAUAACAUCAAGGCUGGGCCAGGAUCUUCCAUAGAACUCAUGAAGUUUGAUAUGGGUGGAUCUGCUGCAACCUUUGGCGCAGCAAAAGCCAUCGGUCAAAUUAAACCCCCAGGAGUGGAGGUUCAUUUCAUUGUUGCUGCCUGCGAAAAUAUGAUUAGUGGCGCUGGCAUGAGACCAGGUGAUAUUGUUACAGCUUCUAACGGGAAAACAAUAGAGGUCAAUAAUACUGAUGCUGAAGGCAGGCUCACUCUUGCAGAUGCUUUGGUUUAUGCAUGUAACCAGGGCAUUGAAAAGGUUGUUGACCUAGCAACACUAACCGGUGCUUGUGUAGUUGCUCUUGGCCCUAGUAUUGCAGGAUUCUUCACACCGAGUGACAAACUCGCAGAGGAGAUUGUUUCGGCUUCCGAGGUUGCGGGAGAGAAACUUUGGCGAAUGCCCUUGGAAGACAGCUAUUGGGAGUCGAUGAAAUCAAGUGUGGCCGAUAUGCUGAAUACUGGAGGUCGUGCGGGUGGUGCCAUAACUGCAGCACUAUUUUUAAAGCAGUUUGUGGAUGAGAAAGUGCAGUGGUUGCAUAUAGACAUGGCUGGUCCUGUUUGGAAUGAGAAGAAGCGCACAUCGACAGGCUUUGGAGUCUCCACUUUAGUAGAGUGGAUACUGAAGAACUCUUCUUAGAACUAACUGAAAUUUUUUGUAAAAUUUAAAUUUUUAUUGUUCUUAUGAACCAAAAUAAUGUUGUUCUUACAUUUUAAUUUGUUUGGUGUUUUAAUGCAUUUUAUAUUA